AUGACGUGGUGCCUGACUCCAGAGAUGCUCCAGACGGUAACAUCGAAGGCGGACUGCGACGCGUACCACGUCAUCGUCGGGGCCCUGAGCAGCGUCUUCGAGCAGCUGACCUCGCAGAGACAACGGGAGCUCGCCCCAGUCUUGUUGGCCUACCUGAAGCAGAGCAAGGCAUCGGGGCUCGACCUGUGUGGCUCCAACAGCAGCAGCCUCAGCACGUGUCUUUGGCAAUGCUUUGGCAGAUUCUCCAUCUACGUGGAUUACGAAGACCUGCGCGGGCUCUUCGAAGGCUUUGGCAGCUUUGAGGCACUGGACCUUCUGAGCGCCUCCCAACUCGCUCAGCUGACACUAAGCUCCGGCGCGCUGAACAACGCGGACCUGAUCGGCCUGGUCUUCGACCGUCUGGACGGCGACAACGCUUUCCAGGACGUCGACGGAUUCUUGGCAGCUCUCACCCGGACACCGCAGGCUUUGGACAUCAAUCCUGUGGUGCGGGACAUCAUGAUGAAUCGGGUCUUCGCCGUCAUCAGCCCACAUUUGGAAGGCUUUGGGAGCCAAGAGUGGGUGUCCUGGUUCACCGUCAAACUGAUUCCCCUCCUGCCCAGCCUGACGCCAGAAAUGCUCCAGACAGUAACGUCGAACGCGGACUGCGACGCAUACCACGUCAUCGUCGGGGCCCUGAGCAGCGUCUUCGAGCAGCUGACCUCGCUGAGACAGCGGCAGCUCACCCCAGUCUUGUUGGCCUACCUGAAGCAGAGCCAGGCAUCGGGUACGUUUGUCUCGCGUGCUGAAUGACA